CAAAUGGUGAGAGCAAGAGGAUGAAUGAAUCUACCUCUACCUUCUACCCUAAGCUAUCUUAUAUAAGCCAAAACAAGAUUUUUCAACCCUAACGUUCGGGUGAUGUGACAUGACUAUGGCAUAACGUGCUUCCCUGCUGUGGCACACUGAUCGAGGUCUGCAUAUGUGACCUAAGCUAGUGGGGGUGGAGGCCAGCUGUAUAGCACCUUCGACCUCUCCGAUCAUCUGGUCAUGCGGCCUAACCCCGAGAGUGUAUUUCUCCUAAUGCAGAUAGUCCCCCACUUCUCGGAACCUUCAUGGCAAGGGUCCGGGAAGUGGAAGAGUCCCGUUGUCUGCUCUUAUCUUAUCUUCGUAGCGGAGUCAUUUCUCAAUUUGUGUGCUCUUGACCUGAUGGUAUACAUUCUCUGCAUGCCUUCUCCCCUAAUUUAAUGCUUCGUCUCGCCCAUCAGAUGCCAUCACCCACGUGUCUCUUUCUCAUCCAAGAAACCUCCUAGGGUACCAGAUUCCGCCAUGAUGAAACGAUUCACUUCUAUCGAGGUGUGAUUGACACGCGUAAAGGGUUACUUGCUCUCCUCAUCCUGCCUAUUAGACUACGUUUCUUAUUUCAAAUUCCUCUUAUCACUUUUCAAAACAGAUCAGCCUUUGAUUUCUCUCUUCCUGCCUCAUAAAAGUUCUCUACUGCUCCGUUGUUCGCUCUCAAUCCUUCCAUAAAAAAACUUCUUCAGUGUCUUUACAAUCAGAAUCAAUUUCCAUUAUGUCUUCCGACUCUUCUGUCGCCAGAGUUGCCACCACACGGUCUCAAAAUACGGGCCAUAGCGACUCAGACGUCUCAAUCCACCAGGUUCCGAUUGGGGGUCGGCGAUUAUCCUUGAGCAAGUUGUCGAAGAAGAAGUCCCCAUCUUCGAGCUCUGAGGGUCAACAAGCAAAAAUGUUCAUUCCUAAAGAGUGGACCAGCGAGAGAGAGAUCUCGCUAAGAGUGCUACCUCCACUGCUCUAAACAGCGAUCGAGAAUGGCCGACGAGCAUGUUUCGCUCCUCCAUUUGUAACGACAGUCUGGGACAGGUCAAAGAGGAUUGCGGUUAGAAGGACAUCGAAGUGAUCAUUCCCGAUGAGAGGGAGAACAUUACUUCUUACAGGAUGGGGUAGUCAUUUGUUUACACCUAUCCCUUCUCGCUCAGAGUGAGCGGUAGGAUUGAUCCAGUGAUCCUGGAGUUCUGUAGGCGGUACACCAUAUGUUUGGCUCAGGUCGAGUUGGCGGUUUGGAGGACAGUGGCGUGCCUCCGGCACCUCUCUUCUCGGGUGGAAGAGGAUUUUACUCUUUCACACUUGAUCCAUAUUUACUCCCCAAAAAUCUUUAGGGCUUCACACUUGAUCCAUAUUUACUCCCCAAAAAUCUUUAGGGUCGAGAUUUUUCGAUUAGCCCGGUGCGGUCAGAACUCCUUGGUUGCCAGCACAGAUGAAAUCUCAGAUCAAGGAUGGAUGGAGAGAUACGCUAUCAUCCGUACCGUGGAUUUAGUCAAAUCGCCGGAGACCCCAAUACCCGAAGAUGGCAUGGAGGCCGGAUCCAAUGAGAGACUUAUCUAGGUGGGUUUAGAAGAUCCUAGACUCCUUUACCCCUUAAUUAGAAGUGGAAAAAUCACGGCCUGCCCAAGAGGUCUGCGGUCCGUCCGCUGGUGAACGUGUCCAAUGAUCUGGCCGUGGCGGUCCAGCAAAUUUGUCUAGCAGCAGCCAAACUAGGCCGGGAUUCGGGGAGGGUGUCUCCCGUCUGAUCGAAGAGGUCGUCCACCGGCCUCACUCCCUCAGCCAAGAGAAAUAAGCCGCAUACCCCCAUCAAAGUAACCGGGGUCCAAUCUUAGGAAUGAUGGCUACCUCUCAGGAGCCCAUUGAUCUGGAGGUCGACCCUUCUUAAUAUCUUACUUGUAGGGGAAAGGCCCCUUAGGAAAUUUCCACAGAGGCCUUUUUAAAAAAAUAAAGCUCGCUCAGAUGAUUGGUUCCUCCUGUCGUCCUCUAUUCAACAUGCCCAAUGUUGGAAAUAAAGCUCUGGGCCUGACGCCUGUUUUGUCCGUUCCUUCUUCAUGCCGGGCAACCCCUACUCCGGUUUCCAUGAGGCGAACUGUCCCCUCUAGGGGCCUGAACACUUCCAGGAGGUCGUAUGAUCCCCGGGAGGCUCACAAAAAAGGAUUAGUUAAUACUCUUCUGGCUUCCGUUCGCAACCCAUCGUCUAUCAGGCAGGGUACUUUAUCCGUUCCUUAAGAAUGCAAUCUCCUGUCUUUGUCGGUGGGAGUUGCUAGGUAAUUGAGGCCAAAUGCCUCAGAUAGAGACCGGGAAAAGACAAGUGUCGUGUCUGUGGAUUGUCUCCUCAAUGCCUGGGAUCGUCCGGCUGCCCAAACCCAACACUUGACGGCGGAGGGUCUCCAACGCAAACUCAUUGAGGAGAGGGAAAAAUGGGAAGAAUACCAUAAAUUACAAGAGCGUCUUCCUGCCUUGGAGGUAAAGCUGGUGUCCCCAGAGGAGCUGCAUGAGAAGCUGGCCAUAUCGGAGCAUGAUAGGAAGAUUCACAGUGAGGAGGCUGCUAAAUUCUAUUCUGAUCUCGCAGAGCUGCGGAAAAAGUAGGAGGCUCAUAAAGUACACUAUGCUACUGUUCUACAGAGAGAGACCGACCUAACUGAGAGGGACAUGGUUUUGGAAGCUGAGCUAGAGGCGUGCAGGAAAGAGAAGUCGGCCGCAGAAGAAGCCCGGGCUGCCUUUGAGGAGAGGUUUUAGGCCCAUAUGGCCCAGAAUAAGAAACAAGUUGAGGCCAAUCAGCGCCUUUCUGGUACCAACGCCUCCCUCCGGAGCAAGGUCGAGAAGAGUUGGUUGAGGUACUCUAAUAUUGAUGCCCGUAUGCAAGCUCUGAGGAAACAGUUUUCUCUGGAAAAAGCCCAUGCAAUGUACCGAGGCCGCAGGAUUGCUCUUGAAGAGGCUCUAGAUGGGAUAGUUGAUAUCAAUGCCUAUAUUGCUGCAGCAUUGACCGUGGAGGAAACAGCUGCCAAGACUUUGCUUGUCCAGCCUCCGAUCGAUGAUCGUGCCCCGUCAUCUGAAGGCGAGGGAUUGUCUUUGGAGGAAGGAGGUGAAGAGGAGGUCCCUGGGGGAGCUGAGGAGCAAGUCCCUGCGAAUGGUGAGGAAAACAGACCUCAGAAAGCUAUUGUCGAAGAAAUCCCUUCGGGGACUGCUGCCAUCCCUCCAGAAUACAGAGGUCAUGAUGCCCCUCCCAUGGUUGAUGGAUUCGGGCCUCCAAUCAGUAUUGCUGACUCCUGAAUUUGUUCUGUUUUUAAUGUCAGGCUUUUCUAGUUGGAUCCUUUUUUAUGGCUUUCUGAACAUAUUAAUAACGGUUUUGUCCCUUUUUGGGUGGUGCCCUCAUUUUUUGUCCAAGUAAAGUAACUUUGCUAUUUG